CCAAACAAACAGAGUAAGCGCUUCGUAUCCUUCCACCACUACUACAUAGAUGUCCGUCGCAGUUGGCCUCCUCCCUUGCUCCACACCACCAACGUUAACGUCUGCCCGAGCUCAGUUGAGCUUCUUGUCAUCUACCCAUUUUGUUCUUUCUAACCCAAACAACUGCACUCUCGUUUGCCGUUCCUCGCUCGAUGCAUCCAAGCAACCAGGAGAGUUCGAGCAGAAAGUCUCACGAUCGAUCUUGGUGGAACGAUAUGAAGAUGGAAAGUCAAAGAGAUACGUAUUGGACACCAAUCGGCAUCUGCAAAGCUUCUGGGAAGCAGAAGAAAGAUUAUUGAACAAAGUGCAAGAUGAUGACUUCUCAAAUCUAUCUUUUCUUUUGAAAAAAUUUGGAGAUUUUGUUCUACCUGCAUCUUUUCCUGCUUCUGUAUCAGAUGAUUACUUGGAUUACAUGCUUUUGCAAUUUCCGACAAAUGUAACAGGAUGGAUUUGCCAUACAUUAGUUACUUCUAGUCUUCUUAAGGCUGUAGGUGUUGGCUCCUUUUCACAAACCGGUGUUGCUGCUUCUACUGCUGCCAUCCAAUGGGUAUCAAAAGAUGGCUUAGGCGCGAUUGGACGUCUUUUCAUUGGUGGACGCUAUGGUUACCUUUUUGAUGAUGAUCCAAGACAAUGGAGGAUGUAUGCGGAUAUUAUUGGAAGUGCUGGGAGUGUCUUUGAGCUUACCACGCAACUAUAUCCUGCAUAUUUUCUUCCACUUGCUUCAUUAGGGAACUUAAUGAAGGCCAUAGCAAGAGGGCUGAAGGAUCCUUCAUUUCGUGUAAUUCAGAAUCAUUUUGCUAUCUCUGCAAAUCUGGGAGAAGUAGCUGCGAAGGAGGAAGUAUGGGAAGUAGCCGCUCAACUGGUGGGACUUGCUCUUGGCAUACUCAUCAUGGAUGCACCUGGAUUAAGAGAAUCAUAUUCUAUGCAUGCUUUCACAUGGUUGAGCGUGCGCCUUCUGCACCUCUGGUUGCGUUAUCAGUCACUAUCAGUACUGAAGUUUCCCUCAAUAAACCUCAAGCGUGCUCGCAUUCUUGUGAAUUCACAUGUUUUAUAUAACACGGUUCCAGGGUAUAUUGACGUCAAUAAAGAGGAGAAACUUCUAGCUUGGGAGCAUUUUCUGCAACCAAAAAUUACAUUUGGUGUUCCAUUGAAGAGCAUGAUUCCUAAGGGUGAUUUCAGCCACGUGGUUAAAGCAGUUCUGGAACUUUACGCACAAGAAAAGCAUGUUCUCUUUGUUAACCGGCAUGGAUCAAAAGUGCUAAACUACUACAUAACAUACAAGGUUGGUGCCACAAGCCUAUCAGUUCUGAAGAGUUUAUGGCAAGUGUAUUGGUUGCAUAACCACCAUAAGGAACUUGACAGGGAUGAUGUACUUGGUUGGCUCAAUGAAAGCCUCCUGAAAGUAGAAGCCAGAUUUACAGUCUUUUUAAAACAGUUAGAAGAAGCUGGAUGGCAGAAAGACCAGAUCAGUCUCAAGGUACCUAAGCAUCUGCUUUUUGAAGAAGCAGAUUCACUUGCAGAGCUUUUUCAGUGAUGGAUAAAUCAUUUUGGUUACUGCUUCUUUAUAUAGAUUGGUGCAGAGCUAUAAAGUAUUGUAUGUGUAUAUAUUUGAAGACAAUUUUAAUUUGAAAUUGACUGAUUUUGGGUGGCCCAUCUUAGCAUCAAAGCAUGAUUUUUUUAGAAACUAUUUAUAUCAUUUCAUAUCUAUCAAUGCUAGAAUUGUUAUUCA